ACAGCUCAAACAAUUAGUAUAACGUUAUACCUUACGUUUUAAUAGUGUAAGUAAAUAAAAAAUAGUCUUUGAUCAGACGAAAGAGCUAAAAGCAUUCAUUGGCUCUGGUCAGAGCUGUGACGCACACUAUUGCUAUAUUCAGUAUGAAUGCUGUUUAGUGCACUGUUACCCACCUAUAAACACCACAGAUUGGCCUAAAAUGAUCAUCUAUGAGUGUUAUUUUUGUUUAUGUCUGACAGAAUGAUGCCAAAAUCAAGAUGACUGACAGCGGGGAUCUUUGUCCUCACUUGGACUUUAUUGGUGAAGUAACUAAGGAGGAACUUAUUCAGAAAGCAAAGGGCACGUGUCAGUCAUGUGGGGUAGGUGGACCAAACCUCUGGGCAUGUCUACAGUGUGACUGUCCCUAUGUUGGCUGCGGAGAAUCAUAUUCUGAUCACAGCACUAUACAUGCACAGGCCAAAAAACACAAUCUGACAGUAAACCUGACCACAUUCAGGGUGUGGUGUUACGUCUGUGAGAGGGAGGUGUUUCUGGAACCAAAACCUGUUACUCCUAUAUCAUUAGCUCACUGCUGCAAACCACAUGAACAGACAUAUCACCCACUGAAGGCGGUUCCUAUCGCAGUGGCGGAUGAGGAAGGCUCAGAAUCUGAGGAGGAUGAGCUUAAACCUAGAGGUCUCACAGGGAUGAAGAACAUUGGGAACUCCUGUUACAUGAACGCUGCGCUGCAGGCCCUGUCCAACUGUCCUCCUUUGACUCAGUUUUUCCUGGAUUGCAGUGGGUUGGUGCGUACGGAUAAGAAGCCGGCGUUGUGUAAAAGCUUUCAGAAGCUUAUCUCUGAGCUCUGGCACAAGAAACGGCCAAGCUAUGUUGUUCCCACUAGUCUGUUUCAUGGAAUCAAACUGGUGAACCCCAUGUUUCGCGGCUACGCUCAACAGGACACUCAGGAGUUUUUGCGAUGUCUGAUGGACCAGCUUCAUGAGGAGCUGAAGGAACCUUUGACCGACUGCAGCAUUGCGAUCUCAGAGGUCGACCCUGACCACAACCUUGACAAACUUAACCAUGUCGAUGGAGACCGAAGCCCCUCUGAGGACGAGUUCCUGUCGUGUGACUCUGGAUCAGGAAGCGAGAAAGGAGAUGUAGAGAGGGCAGGAGGAGAAGCAGAGCUGGUCAUCCAAGAUGAGUGUGUUGGAGGGAGAGGGAGAGGAAACGGAGGGAUCUCGGAGAAGGAGAGGCUGAAGGAGAGAAGAGGAGAAGAGAGGACACGGGAAAUGGAUGAGGAUGCAGAUGUGGAUACGGCCGCACAAGAGGGGCAGGCAGAGAGAGAAACAGAGGCAACCACUACCACUACAACCGCAACUGUGCCAACAUUAGGAAAUACAGAACCUGAUAAUGAAGCUUCCAUGCACUGUCCGUCCUCUCAUCCUUCUAGCCCCGCUCACAGUUUGCAGGAGCUUCACUCCAGACUCUCCAGCAGCCCACCAAGAUCCAGCCCCCUCAGAACUGGACCCACUUAUACUUUCAAGAAAGCUCAGAUGCUCCCGAGUACCAAGAAGAAGAAGCAGUCCCGUUUCCGCAGUGUUAUUUCAGAUACCUUUGACGGAUCCAUUCUGAGUCUGGUUCAGUGUUUGACUUGUGAUCGGGUUUCGACAACUGUGGAGACCUUUCAGGACCUGUCUUUGCCUAUUCCGGGUAAAGAAGAUUUAGCCAAACUCCAUUCCUCUAUCCACCAGAGCGCUCCAGUUAAAGCUGGUGUCUGUACUGAUGCCUAUGCGGCACAGGGCUGGAUCUCCUACAUCAUGGAUUCUAUACGAAGGUUUGUAGUGUCUUGUAUUCCCAGUUGGUUUUGGGGUCCCAUGGUAACUCUAGAGGACUGCCUGGCAGCCUUCUUUGCUGCUGAUGAACUGAAAGGAGACAACAUGUAUAGCUGUGAACGAUGUAAAAAAUUGAGAAAUGGUGUGAAAUAUUGUAAAGUUCUGCAUCUACCAGAAAUCUUGUGCAUUCAUCUGAAGCGUUUCAGGCAUGAAGUUAUGUACUCGUUCAAGAUAAAUAGCCACGUGUCAUUUCCAUUGGAGGGUUUGGAUCUCAAGCCCUUCUUGGCUAAGGAGAGCCCGUCACAGGUUACUACUUACGACCUGCUGUCUGUCAUCUGUCAUCACGGAACUGCUGGAAGUGGUCACUACAUAGCUUACUGUCAGAAUGUGAUCAAUGGACAGUGGUACGAGUUUGAUGAUCAGUAUGUAACAGAAGUGCACGAGACAGUAGUGCAGAAUGCUGAAGCGUAUGUCCUUUUCUACAGGAAGAGCAGUGAAGAAUCUGUGAGAGAGAGACAGAAGAUUGUCGCACUGGCUAAUUUAAAGGAGCCCAGUCUACUUCAGUUCUACAUUUCCAGAGAAUGGCUUAACAAGUUCAACACAUUCACUGAGCCUGGGCCCAUAGCCAACCACACUUUCCUCUGUCAGCAUGGAGGAAUCCCUCCUACUAAGUACCAUUAUGUGGACGAUCUGGUCGUGAUCCUUCCUCAGAAUGUGUGGGAAUAUCUUUACAACAGGUUUGGGGGAGGCCCAGCCGUGAAUCACUUAUAUGUGUGUGCCAUCUGCCAAGUAGAAAUCGAGAGCAAAGCCAAACGACGGAAGCUGGAGAUAGACACCUUCAUCAAGUUAAAUAAAGAGUUUCAGGCUGAAGAAGCGCCUACGGUUAUUCUGUGUAUCAGCAUGCAGUGGUUCAGAGAAUGGGAGAGCUUUGUCAAGGGCAAAGACAACGAGCCGCCCGGCCCUAUUGACAACAGCAAGAUUGCAGUAAUGAAAGGCGGACAUAUCCAGCUUAAACAGGGUAUUGCCUGUCCAGAAAUUGACGUGUCUGUGAUUCAUCUUGUGUCAAAACUUUGUGUGACUAGCAUGUGUGUCUUUGUAUAUAGUUCAUUAUCUACGGUUUGGUUUGCAGGAGCAGACUACGGGCAGAUAUCUGAAGAAACGUGGCAGUACUUGUUAAGUAUUUAUGGCGGUGGGCCAGAGAUUGCAGUGCGGCAAACCAUCAGCCCCCCAGACACUGACACACAUGGUGAGAGAAAGAUAGAGGCUGAGACCAGAGCCCUCUAAAAUGGUGAUGAAGACCAACGUGUGGAUGACAAGUCACGCACUGCACUUACUGUCUUACAAGCAUUUCGUGACCAUUUCUGUGGAUCUGUUAUCUGUGAAUGACAGAGCUCUCCUAGUGUAGGAAAGGGUCUUAUUUAUUAGGUGAAUAAAUCUAUUAUCAGACACACACAUCAAACAUAUUUAACAUUCUUGAAGAAGCUUCAUACAUGUGCGCUGGUGAUACACUUGUUUCAGUUGUCAUUGGAAUUAGGGCAGUGACUUAAGCAUUUCCCAGUAGUGCAGAGAGGUAAAUACCUAAUGAAUCAAGCAGGACAUAUUCAAAAUGUUUAACUGGCACCUGCCUAGGAAAAAUAAGGCUUGAACUUAGUAUCUGCAUGUUCAAAGAAGCUUUCUUUGCCACCCAACUCCACUAUAUCACAAAAAUUCACAGUACAAAUGUAAUGAAAUUGAUGGCACUGAGUUUUUUUUUUUUCUAAUGAAAAAGAAUAGUUGAAACAUGAUGAUGUUGAAGGCUUAAUCCUUUCAGCACAAUUUCCAUCAAUACUCAACAAUCAAACUAAAUCAUAUUCUCUGGAAACUAUAGGAGAGAUACGAUUUGAUGUUACAGAUAUAUACCGGUGCCAGUACUUUUUGCUUUGGAAGUUAUAAUUCAGGGCAUUAAAAUAAUUCAUCUUAAGAAGCAACAGGAUGUGAUGCCAUUGGUAAAUUUGCCUUUUUUUAUGUUGAAUCUAGGGCUUGUUUACUCAAUGCUACUGAAACCGAAACUGUCAUUACACAAUAUAAGAUUCUAUAUUAAAAGCUCAGGAUGUGUUUGCCAUUAAUAUUAUUACAUUUUGUUUUAAUGCACUUUAAAAACCUCAGUUUUGACAUAGCUCCAUGCUCUGUCGCAAUAGAAGGGAAUGAAUUCUUCACGGAUGUCCCCAUCUCGGCGCCCCAGCUCUGACACAGGGUUGCGUAAGCUACUAUGUUUGACGUAUUCACUAUUAAAUGGUCUUCACAUUUUUCACAAUUUCCCCAGAAUGGCAAAAACGUACAGUAACUGCUUAGUCAAAUGCUUGGUGUGCUGUCUGUUAAAACGUUCAUUCAUUUCAUAUAUGCCACAAUGGUUUAAUGAUGCAGCUCCACAGUCUCAAAUGAAACUAAACUACUUUUCCAAGGGAAUGUGCAAUGAGGCGAAUCAGAUGUGUUGGAAAUGCUAAUAGAAUGCAGAUAAGCUAGCCUAACUAUGUCAUUUCGAACAUAUUCUGUGUACAUAAAAAAAUAUAACAGUAUUUAUUUAUGAAUGUCUUCUUUUCUCAUAAGCAAACGGUCAGAAUUGUGGAGAAUUGCUUGUGUAUAGGACAAUAUGGUGUGUUACAUAUUUUGUUGCAGGAACUUCCAAGGUAACUUCUGAUGUAAUGCCUUUUUAACUUAAGUCAUUUAAAUGUUAAGAGCUGUCUGAUUUGACUUAUAGAAAUAAAGCCUGUUUUUUUUUCUCCA